AUGAAUUAAUUACAUCUCGAAGGAGUAAACUAAUCAGAAGGUAACUCAGGUCUUAAUUCUCCUUUGAGCAUGACUUUCAGAUUGUCUAAUACGUUAAGAUCUCAUGACCGGCAAGCAAAAAAAAGAUAAAAAUCAAGAAGUUAACAAAAACCUUUUGUUUUACAAUAGAAAACAAUAGCAGGACCAUUAAGAAGGAAAAGCUGUUACUGCCAUGAAUGUGGCUAAUUGGGGACAUUUUAAUAUAAAUGUAUGAAUAUUAAAGGACCAAGACCAUAUCGAAAAGCAAUUCUUACAAGAAGGGCAUCGAAUUAACAUAUGUAUUUUAUUAUGUUUGAGUGAUCAGAUAAUCUGCUUAACCUAAAUCUGCACAACGAAUGAAGCAAUCAUUAAAAAAAAUGAAGACUUAUGAUGAUAGUAAAAUAAAAGCAAUGCAAGAUGGUAAUAAAAUCCUUAGUCUUUAUAAGUUAUAUAGGAAUAAAUGACAAAAUUGCGGUCAUAAUACUCGAGACAAUCACAAUUAAAGAUGUAUUAAUUAGCUCAAUACACUCCUAAUUGUUCCCCGAAACAUUCAAAAACUCCAAGAAAUUUACCUUAUCUAUCACCUUACGUGACUCUUAGAAAAAUAGAUUCCCAAUUGCUUAAACCAUUAAAGUCUACUCAAUUAAUUAGAUAGAGAUCAUAACUAUUGACUUUGCAUCGAACGAAAUAUCAUCAAAAAACAUUGUCAACUGUUGUUAGUCCACUCUGA